UCUGAGCUCUGAACGUUCCAUGGCGACACAGUUCACCUUCACUCCCCUCUCCAACUCUCCCGUCGCACUCGACAGAUUCAUCAAAGCGCCUCUGAAAUGUGCUCCCCCCACUCUUCCUUCGCUGAGCUUCUCUCGUCGAAAUAGUUGCCCUGACGCUUCUAUUUCCGGCCCGAGAAGGAGGGCCGUCGCGGCGCCCGUCGUUAAUGCCGUGAAGGAGGAAGUGAUCGAGUCUCCCGCCACCGAGCUCGUCGCUGAUUCUGGAGCCACUUCCCCGGCAUCCUCUAAGCUGGUCUUCGUCGCCGGAGGCUCCGGUGGCGUCGGACAGUUAGUUGUGGCAUCAUUGCUUGAAAGGAAUAUUAAAACACGCCUCUUGCUACGAGAUCUUGAUAAGGCUAAAUCUUUGUUUGGCCAACAAGAUGAAGAGAGACUACAGGUAUGGCAAGGAGACACAAGGAACCCAGAGCAUCUGGAUCCAUCCAUGUUUGAGGGAGUCACGCAUGUCAUUUGCUGCACAGGAACUACAGCCUUUCCUUCAAAGCGAUGGGAGGGGGAUAAUUCUCCAGAAAGAGUAGAUUGGGAGGGUGUGAGAAAUCUUAUCUCUGCUCUGCCUUCGUCCGUGAAGAGAGUAGUUCUUGUUUCUUCCGUGGGAGUUACUAAGUUCAACGAGCUGCCUUGGAGCAUCAUGAACCUUUUUGGAGUCCUUAAAUCUAAGAAGAUGGGGGAAGACUUUCUUCGUCAAUCUGGUCUUCCAUUUACUAUACUGAGACCCGGUAGAUUGACUGACGGGCCCUACACAUCGUAUGACUUAAAUACUUUGCUCAAAGCUACAGCUGGCCAACGGCGUGCUGUUGUCAUUGGUCAAGGGGAUAAACUCGUUGGAGAGGUUAGCAGGCUUGUCGUUGCUGAAGCUUGCAUACAGUUACUGGACAUAGAAUUUGCUGAGGGCGAAAUAUAUGAAAUCAACUCUGUUGAGGGACAAGGUCCAGGAAGUGAUCCUCAGAAAUGGAGAGAACUGUUCAAAUCUCCCAAAGUAUAGUGCAUCAGAUGUGACAAUCAACAUUACCUUAUCCAGUUGCGUCCUAGAGUGGACAAGAAUCCCAAAUCACGACAUGCAUGCUGCCCUCACCGGUCACGCACUGUACAUAUUACAUAGUCAUGGAAUGUGAAAAGCCAAUCUAUGAUUCUUUGUUCUUGUCUCACUUCCUAAAGAAUGCGUUUGAUCUUUAUCAUAUCAGGAUUAUCAACACUGAUAGUAAAGAGGAAAGCAAAGAGUUUCAUAAGUAGGAUGAGUUGGAAGUGCCUUGUUUGCUUAUCUGCAUAACACGGCAUCUGGCGUGUUUCUCAUCGAUUGCUUAGAGUCUCGAAUUGACUGAGUUACACUUUAUAGUUUAGUAUUUAAUGGCGUACGGUGCAAUUGCACUUCUCAUGGUAACGGUAACGUGGUUAUAAUUUGAGCAGUGCUAGUUCUGCUGGAUAUGAGCUUUGCAAGAUCAUCGGGCCUAUAUUUUACUCAGCUCAGUAACUCAUUCAUCUUUGUUGAAAGUUAUUGGCCCUGCUGAUGUAUAUGUUCGCUUAAGCUGAAAAGAAGGAAAUGUGUUGAAUAGUUCA